GGGGAGGAGGGGGAUGGCGGUGUGGUGCGCAGCUGCCUGCUCCGGAGGCUUCCGUGCCCCUCUGCCGGGCGCCCCCCCACCCCCGUCUGGCCAAGGCUGCCCCACCGCCUUUGUGGGCUGGGGGCGGCGCCGGGGCGGCUCUUCCGAGACGCCCGUGCAGCCGUGGGGAGAGGAGGCCGAGGAGGGCGCCGUCUACACCAUCCUCCUGCAGCGCGUGAAGGCCCAGGAGCCGCAAGAAGGCGGGGACGUCGGGGGAGCCUCGCCACAGCAGGGGAAUGCCAACCUGCAGAGCUGCCCCUUCAUGCACUACCACACGCGCAAGAGGCGGAUGCUGCGGGCCGGAACCCUCUCUGCCUUGGUCAGGUGGCUGCUGGCCUCUGGGGCGGAGGGUGACCUCAGCUACAUCACGAGCUUCCUGGCCACCUACCAGGUCUUCGCCACCCCAAAGGAAGUGCUGGAGCUGCUGCUGCCGCUGGGGCCAGUCAAGGUGGUGCUGCGUGUGCUGCAUCUCUGGCUGCAGGAUCACCCUGAGGAUUUCUGGGAGCCCCCCGAGCACCCCAGUCUGCACAGAGUGCUCCACUUCUUGCACCAGUUUGCCCCGGGCACCCCGGCGUGUGCUUUGGCGAAGAGCCUCCUCCUAGUCCCCAAGAAGGAGGAGGAGGAGGCCUGUGGAGGAGACGUCAGCGAGGCCAACGGUGGAAAGAUCUCUGGGGUGGGGUUACCCCAGGUUAUACCAGGGGCAGUUGAGCCAGGAGCCGACAAGGAGUUCCCAGCCCUGCUGUCCUUUGCGGUGGAGGAAGUGGCCGAGCAACUGACUCGGAUGGAUUCUGACCUCUUCCAGGCUGUGCGGCCAUUCCAUUGCCUGGGUUGUGUGUGGUCUCAGCGAGACAAGAAGGAGAAGCAGCACGUGGCUCCCAGCGUCCGGGCCACGGUGGCCCAGUUCAACGCAGUGACCAGCUGUGUCAUCGCAUCUGUCCUUGAAGACCUGACCUUGCAUGUUCCCCAGCGUGCCCACUUGCUGGAGAAAUGGAUCGAAAUUGCCCAGCACUGCCGGGUUCUGCGGAACUUCUCCUCGCUGUAUGCCAUCCUCUCCGCUUUGCAGUCCAACCCCAUCUAUCGCCUCAAGCGCACCUGGUCUGCAGUCAACAGGAACACCAGGAUCACCUUUCAAAAGCUCUCUCAGAUCUUCUCUGAAGACAACAAUCACUUGAAUUGCCGAGAAAUCCUGUUGCAGGAUGAAGGUGCUUUGGGCCCCAGGGAUGGAGGCAGCAGCCCCCAGAUGCCAGCCGGGACUCCUCUGAAGCGGAACGCUCCAAGCAAGAAAAUGCUUCCCACGGUGCCCUAUCUUGGCACCUUCCUGACCGAUCUGAUCAUGCUGCACACAGCACUUCCGGAUUUCGUGGAGGGCAACCUCAUCAAUUUUGAGAAGAGGCGGAAGGAAGCAGAGACCCUGACCUUGAUCCGUCAGCUGCAGGAGUCCUGUCGGGGGUACUGCCUUCGCCUGAAUCCCUCCUUCCAGGCAGCCUUCCAGGGACAACAGAAGCUUUCUGAGGAGCAAAGCCGCCGGAUUUCCCGUGUGAUUGAGCCGCCGGCCAGCUCCUGCCCCAGCUCCCCGAAGCUGCACCGCAGCCUCACCAAGCGCUUCAGCUCCGUCAACUGCCGUGACUCACAGGGGGUGUCUUCUCCCCCAUAG